UAAGACAAAACGACGAAGAAGAAGUAGAAGAAGUUAGCAUUAGCACCUUCCAUGGGUAGCACACACUUUUUUGAAAACAUUGACUUUAUGUCUAGAGAUCAAUUAACACUAAAACGGAUAAUUGCUGCGGUCAGAGAAAAUAGUUGUAAUGAACUAAACCGUGUAUAUUUCUGUUGGGUAGUGUGUAAAAGUAUUUAAGAGCUAGCUGUUGUUAGCUUGGUGUUUGUUGAUUUGUUGUUUGCUAGUGUUAGUCGCUCGGUUCUGUUAUUACACAUGAGUGUAUCCCUGGUUGUUAUUAGACUGGAAGUAGCCGAACAGUCUCAUUUUCCACGGGGCUUCCAAUACUCUGCCGCAGCCGGGAGCAUGUCAGAAGAAGAACAAGAGGAAAAAGCUUUGGGCAUAGCCAAACUGGCGCUUAGUGGAAAGACGGAUCUAGAACGAACGGCUAUAUUACACCAGCAUAUAGGCAGCAGAGCCAUGGGUGACAUGGUCAUAGAAACCUUUGAACCGAGCCCAGAUAAAGGCGGGGGAGAAGAGUGUGGUUGCUCAGCCGAUGACAGCAGUGAAAGUGCAGCUGUAAAAUCAGAAGUGGACACUGUCACUCCAACCAUGGCACCAGACUCACCCUCCAAACAGCUACCAGAUCAGAUUUCCUUCUUCAGUGGAAACCCCUCUGUUGAGAUUGUUCAUGGCAUUAUGCAUCUUUACAAAACAAACAAGAUGACAUCUCUGACUGAAAAUGUCAGACGUAGUGCCAUGGUGUGCAUCCUUACUGUGCCUGCAACUAUGACCAGCCAUGAUCUUAUGAAGCUUUUAGCUCCUUUUAAUGAUGUCAUGGAGCACAUGAAGAUUAUUCGAGAUUCUACACCAAACCAAUACAUGGUUUUGAUUAAGUUUUGUUCACAGGCUGAUGCUGACAGUUUUUACACUGCUUGUAAUGGUCGACAGUUCAACUCCAUAGAAGAUGCGGUGUGUCAGCUGGUCUAUGUGGAGAGAGCAGAGGUUUUUAAAUCUGAGAAUGGGGCCAGCCUGCCAGUGAUGGAAUUGACUGAGCUGCCUAAGUGCACAGUGUGCCUGGAGAGAAUGGACGAGUCUGUGAAUGGUGUCCUCACAACACUGUGUAACCACAGCUUUCAUAGUCAGUGUCUUCAGCGCUGGGAAGAUGUUUCGUGUCCAGUAUGCAGGUAUUGCCAAACACCAGAGCCAGUGGAAGAGAACAAGUGCUUUGAGUGUGGAGUACAAGAGAACCUAUGGAUUUGUUUGAUCUGUGGCCAUAUUGGUUGUGGCCGUUACGUUAGUCGUCACGCUUACAAACACUUUGAAGAAACACAGCAUACAUAUGCUAUGCAGCUCACCAACCACAGAGUAUGGGACUAUGCUGGAGAUAACUAUGUGCACCGCCUAGUGGCCAGUAAGACUGAUGGCAAGAUGGUACAGUAUGAAUGUGAAGGAGAUACCUGUCAUGAUGAGAAAAUUGAUGCACUUCAACUUGAAUAUUCAUACCUUCUGACUAGUCAGCUGGAGUCACAAAGAAUUUACUGGGAGAAUAAAAUUACUCAUCUGGAAAAAGAGACUGCAGAGGAGAUAAACAACAUGAAGUCCAAAUUUAAGGAGACCUUGGAGCGCUGUGAUAACUUGGAGCGACGGUUAGGAGAGCUCUCUAAAGAGAAACAGGCCAUGGAGAAAAAGUGCACCCAGCUUAAUAGCAAAGUGGUAAAACUAAGCCAAGAGCUGAAGGAGGAACAGGAGAUGAACCGCUGCUUGAGAGCCAAUCAGACUCAGCUACAGUCACAACUAGUUGAAGAAGAGCGAAAAGCCAAAGAGAGUGUGGAGUGUAAAGAGGCAACCAUAGCUGAGUUGCAGGAGCAGCUCAGAGACGUGAUGUUUUAUUUGGAAACUCAACAACAGAUUGAGCACCUUCCCCCUGAAGCACGUAGUGAAAUCCAAGAAGGACAAAUCAACAUCGGGGCCAGUCCUUUAGACAGUGCUAUAAGCCCAGAUGGAGCAGGCCCCUCCUGUAGAGGCAGGAGAGGUCGAGGCCGGAAGAGGAAGUAAUAGUAGGACUGGAACAUGCUAGACAACAGCUGAAAACAUGCAAAUGACUGUGCACUAUUUGUUCAAAUUCUGCCUCCUCACAAUUCUUGGUGAUUACUGCUGCUAUUGAUAAAUUGUUGGAUUCGCUUCUAGUUUUCAAACACAUCAGCAGUGUAAUUUAUACUUAGCUUUAUACAAAUAUAUAUAAAUACAUUAUUUAUAUGAUCAAAGUUUUCUUAUUUGCUUAAGUGUUCUAUUUGUAAAUGUUUUUUGUGUGAGCAUUUAUUACAGAAAAGCUGUAAAAACUGGAUUAUAUAGCUUUCAUUUAAAAAUUAUGUUGCCAUAAAUAUUUUAAAAUUACAUUUUUUCCCCCAAAUAUGAGGAUAUUUUGUUGCGUCUAUACGUUGCAUACUUGUAUAAUUCUUCAAACUCAAAAUUCUGAAACUCAUUGGUUUAGUUUUACACAACUUUGCAUGUGUUGUACAAAAUACUGCAGUAACACCCUCCUCUUUUCAAAAUACUAGAUGUUACCGUUACCCUUAUGGCCUCUGCAUGCACAGUAUACACUCAAAACAACACGCAUAUACACGUAAGAUUUUAUUUUCUUGCAAACCGUUGUUUAGUCUGAUGUCAAAUAUGUUUGUGAAAGGUGUUUUAAGACAAGAAAAACAAUUAUACUCACAUUUCUAAGACAAGAUAUUUGUGUUUUAUCUGGCCCUUUGUGUGAAUCUAAUAACUAUAAUACAAGCAGAAUAACUGA